UAAGAAGUCAAAAAUGUCACCAUAACAAAAAUAACUCAAAAAAGUAAAAUAACAAGUAGGCCUUGGGCCUAUUGUGAAUAUUGAAAUUUACAUCUGCAAAAAGGUAUGGGUAACUCAAACACAGCUCCAAUUGAUAGAAAAAGAAAGCUAGAAGAGGUUGAAGGAGAAAAUAGCAGUGAUAGUUCAGAUUCAUCUCCACUUCAUAUUCCUAAAAAGAAACGUACCAAGUCCACAUCAAAAUAUAUCUUUCAAACUUUGUUUAUAAAUGGGGAAAAUAGUGAUAUAACAAUCAAAGCUAUAGGGAAAGACUGGAACCUUCAUAAACACUAUCUAUGUCAGUGUGGAUAUUUUAAUAGUAUGUUUAAUGGUAAAUGGUUAGAAUCAGAGCUAACAGAAAUAGAGGUUGAUAUACUUGAUAAAAAUAUUGAUGAAAAGGCACUUAAAAUUGCAUUUGGUUCUCUGUAUACAGAUGAUAUAAUGGUGAAACCUGUAGAAGUUGUAGGAGUUUUAGCUUCUGCUACCUUUCUCCAAUUAGAAGGUUUAAUACAGUAUUGUCAUACACUUAUGAAAGAAUCAAUAAGUACUGAUAUUGUAGUUGAAUAUUAUGAAAUAGCUCAUCAAUAUGGUUUAAUGGAUAUCAAAAAACUUUCCUUUGACUGGCUUUUGCAUAAUUUAAUGUCACCUACUAAUUUUAAACUUCUAAAGAAUAUCAGUUGUGAGUUAAUGAUUCAACUGAUAUCACAUCCUGAUUUAUUUGUAUUACAAGUUGAGAUGGAUGUUUAUAGUUUAUUAAGAAAGUGGAUAUUUUUAAAGAACAAUCCAGCAUGGGAUGGAACUUGUAAAGAAUUAUUAGUAGAGGUUGAUAAUUUCUUCAAAAAAUUUUAUAAAGAGAAGAAGUUAUGUUAUUUAGAAUGUAUAGAAGGUAAAGAAUAUAUACCAGUAUUUCAACAUGUAAGAUGGCAACAUGUAAUUAAUGAGAAUUCAGCAUUAAAAGCUAUUAAAACAGAAUGUGUUUUACCUGAAUAUUGGUUAGAUCCAUUUUAUAAACAUCAAUGGUUUUACAGACUUCAAUCAGAACAAAGUAUUGACAAGGGGCCUACAGCAGUAGACGAAGAACUAUUUUAUAAAGAAUGUUCAAGAAAUGGUAGAGUAUUGUUGAAACGUGGAGAGUAUUGUUGGAGAUGGGUUGGUUAUAAUUAUGGUGUUGACUUAUUAUUGUCUUAUGUUAAUGGAAUGAUAAUUAUAACAAGAAAUUGUAGUAAUUCAGCAUCUGGCUCUAUAGGUUUACAAAAUACGAGGAAUAUAAUGUUAAGAUUGACUGCAGUAAAUUUAGAUAAAAACGGAUGUGUAGAAAAGAGUAAAUCUACAGAAUUAACAUUAUUGUCAUUAUCUAGAGAUGAGGAAUGUGUUUUGUUACGUGUUGAUACAGAUCAAAUAUUUCCAUUAGUUAUUAUAUUAAAUGUAUUAGUUUAUACUCCCUUACCAGAUUAUCCUAAUCCAGAAUUAUCUAUACCAACAUUACUAUCUAUAGAUCAUAGUGAUGUGGCUGUUCAAACUAUAGGACUUCACGAAUCUCCUUCUAAAUCAGAAUUACAAACUUGACAAUGUUCACAGUUUUCUAAUAAAAUAUUUAUUUCUU